AUGGCCGCCGUCGACCCGACGUAUCCCCUCUACCCGAUCUCUUGCUUACUGGCUGCAGCAACGCUGCUCCUCGUGUUGCUGACCAGCUUCCUCCGUCAGAGCUGGAACCUCGGCGUCACUCUCUUAUGCUUUUGGCUGUUCUUCGAGAAUCUGACUGGCGGAAUCAAUUCCGUCAUCUGGUCCGACAACGCAGACAUCAAGCUGUACGUCUACUGCGACAUUGUCACGCACGUGCAACUGAUUACUUCGGUUGUCAAAGCCAUGGCCACCUUGAUCAUCACCCGCCGACUCUACCUGAUUACCAGCCUGCGAUCCAUUGAACCUCAUACCACAGCGGCGAGACGCCGAGAUCUCGCGAUAGAGUGGACACUUGGGUUAGGAAUUCCUCUUCUCGUUGCAGGACCUCUCUACUACGUAGUGCAGGUGCUUCGAUUCGAGGUCAUCGAGGGUUUUGGCUGCACAGGCUCUCUCGACACCUCCAUACUCAGCAUGUUGUUCGCACGAUCGUGGAACGUCCUCCCUCCCUUGAUAUCCAUAACUGUCUACUACCCCCAUGUCGCUCGGAUGUUCUAUCGUCACAGCCGGGAGAUCAACCAGUUCCUACAGAGCAACAACUCGGUCUCCCGCACGAACUACCUCCGCAUCCUCGCCCUCUCCAGCAUCGACAUUCUGCUCACCCUGCCUAUAGGCAUCACGAACAUCGUCUUGGCAGUGAACAACGGUCUGGCUUCUGGUCCCAUCCCGUUCUACUUUGGAUGGACCUACGAUCACACGGACUGGCAACCGGAGAGCGUCAGCUAUGCGGUUCUGGUGUCGGGCGGUACUCUCAAUGUAGCCGAGUUCUACUUCACCAAUUGGACGUCGCCAAUUCUCGCCUUCGUCAUCUUCGGUCUGUUCGGCGCUACCUCGGAGGCCCGCGCUUCGUACUGGCGCGUCACCUGUACCGUCUGCGGCUGGUUCGGCUGGAAGCCUAUUCCUCGCGGGCGCAGGGCGCGUUCACCGCUGGGCGACAUCGAGUUCGGCGAACAACCUCCGCAGAACUCCAUGUCGUUGGGUCUCGACUCGCAUCCAAGCUUCAUCAAUCCCAACACCCGCACACAAGAACAGGGCCCAGAGUGCGUUGGUGGCAUGAGCGCGACUGUGUCUGAGAAGGACGUGGAGGAGGUGCACGGCUUUACCACAGACGCCAGGUCCGCCGAUGCAGAGCAUUCGACGCAGCCUCACGGGUCUUGCCAGAGGGGUGUUAAAGACGCUCAGACAGCGGUGUGA